CCUAGAUCAAAUCUAAACCCUUCGAAUGUGAGUGAAGCUCUAUAAAGAGUCUUCCCUUGUUCGUUCAAGUUUGCACUGGUGUUUGUGUUUGGGCAUCGCAGUUUGCUUCCUCUUAUGCGCCACAAAGGCAUUCUGUUAUCACAAUGACUAGUUACAGUCUUGUGGUUCUCCUCAUCCUUGAACUAUUAAGCUUUUCCCUUGGGAGUCAGCAGCUUUCCGAACAUUCAUUCAAGUUAUCAUCAGUGCAAACAGAAUCUCUCCAUGUUGUUACUCAGCCUGUUGGCAAGGGAACUAGAUGGGCCGUUUUGAUUGCAGGUUCAAAUGGCUAUGAGAAUUAUAGGCAUCAGGCUGAUGUAUGCCAUGCCUAUCAAAUACUGAGGAAAGGUGGAUUGAAGGAUGAGAAUAUAAUUGUUUUCAUGUAUGACGACAUCGCAUUCAGUGAACAUAACCCGAGACCUGGUAUCAUCAUAAAUAGACCCCAAGGUGAAGAUGUUUAUGAAGGAGUACCCAAGGAUUAUACUGGACAUGAUGCAAGUAUCAAUAACCUCUUUGCCGUUAUACUUGCAAACAAAACUGCUCUUAAAGGAGGCAGUCGCAAGGUUUUAGAUACUGGUUCAGAGGAUCAUAUAUUCAUUUAUUAUACUGAUCAUGGCGGUCCUGGGAUUCUUGGGAUGCCUGAUGAAACUUUGUAUGCCAGUGAUCUCAUUGAUGUACUGAAGAAAAAACAUGAUUCUAACACCUUCAAAAGCAUGGUAUUCUAUCUUGAAGCCUGUGAAUCUGGGAGUAUAUUUGAGGGCCUUCUUCCUGAAGGAUUAAACAUAUAUGCAACCACAGCCUCCAACCCAGCAGAGAGCAGUUUUGCCAGUUAUUGUCCUGACAACUAUCCUGAUGUUGAGAUUUAUGGCACUUGUUUAGGUGAUGUGUAUAGUGUUUCUUGGAUGGAAGAUAGUGACAACAAUGAUUUGCAUAAAGAAACUCUGGAUCAGCAAUAUGAAGUGGUUCGGAGGCGGACAGCAAAGGGGGAUAAGGGGGGCAGCUCCCAUGUUAUGAAGUAUGGAAAUACCAAGCUUGGCAAGAAUCCUCUGUUCUCUUACUUGGGUUCAAAUCCUGCAAAUGAUAACUAUACCUUCAUCAGACACGAUACCUUGGCACCAAUUAUGAAGGCUGUUGGCCAACGUGAUGCAGAGCUCUUUCACUUUUGGCACAAGUACCUCAGGGCUCCUAGAGGAUCUCAAAAGAAACUCACGGCUGAGAAGCAAUUGCGUGAUGCGAUAAAGCAUAGGGCACACAUAGACGAGAGUAUGAUGUCUAUUGCGAAGAUUUUGUUCAGAUCUGCAAAUGGUCUGAUGACACUGGAAACCGUUAGACCAGCUGGGCAGCCUCUUGUAGAUGACUGGAGCUGCUUCAAGGCACUUGUGAGGACUUAUGAGGAACAUUGUGGAUCUCUGUCGAGGUAUGGUAGGAGAUACGCACGCGCCAUUGCUAACAUGUGUAAUGUCGGGGUUAAGGUGGAGCAGAUGGCCAUGGCUUCAGCUGCGGCUUGCCAUGCGUGAUGAACAUCAAGUCAUCAUCCGCUGCAUGGUUCCGUGCAGCAGCUAUAGGUUCCCUCUAUAGUUAAAUAGAUAAAAUAAAAUAGUAGAUGGUUUUGAAGUACAAGCUCCUUGUAGAUAACACAUGAACUGUUUAAGUGGCUAUGUACUUUGCUUAAUGUACGAGGGAUUGCGCCAUGAAUGAAGCUUUUGAUACACAA